UCUCCUUCUUCCUCCCUCUUUUGCUGUCUUUCCCUGAACUUCCUCCCUAAAUUAAAUGUUUUAUAUGUAUUUUUGUAUUCAUUAAGGGUUCUCUAAUUCGUGGUUUAUGCAGGGGAAUAGCUUGAAGUUUUGUUGAGGAUGAGAUACAUGUAGUAUUUAUUCAGGGUUUAAGUAGAGGGUAUUAUUUGAAUGGCUCUGGAUGAUGUGGACCUUUCGUGGGUUUGAAGUUGAAGUCUGGUUUAGUUGCAGGAGAAAGGUGAGGCCUUGAAAUCGGAAGAUCGAUCUGGAGACAGCCAAAAAGGAGAGCAAUUAGCAGAACCAAGUUUAGAAUGGGAAAAGUUUCUCCAAAGGACAGGGAAACUAAGACUGGCAAGCAGAAAAGAAGGCCAAGGAGUUCAAUCAACAAGUAUCUUAGACCGGGGGCUCUUGCCCAGCUUCGAUACAACAAAGCAUCUGCUGCUAAAUCUUGUACAGAUCUUGGGAAGAAAAGGGUCGCUCUGGUGGAUGCAGACAAGCAAAAAAAUGAUGUUAUACUUGAAAAUAAAAUUAUCAACAGAAGCCCCACAAUUUUAUCACCUGUAAAGUUUGGGUUUGGUUCUGCUAUGGAGAAGAGCCCCACCAUUUUAUCGCCCAUACGAUCUGGGAUUGGUCCUCUUUUUGGGGCCAUUGACAGUUUUAAGCAGAAUAAUUUGCAGAAAACACCAAAAACACCACGUGCUGAAGAGUGCAAGUCUGAGUCCAGGAUUGAGUCUCUCCCCAUGGAUUUACUGGUCAAAAUAAUGUGCCACCUGCACCAUGACCAGCUCCGAGCAGUUUUCCAUGUCUCUCAGAAAAUCAGGAAGGCGGUUAUACAAGCAAGACAGUUUCACUUUAAUUAUACUACGCCUGAUCGAACUCGACAAGAGAUGCUAAGAACAAUGACUCCUUUGCCAACCGAUCACUGGCCUUUUAUGAGCAAGGGAGAUGGAAAAGGUAUUUGGAUACCUAGCCCACACACCCCAAAGGCACCAAGGCAUGGUCCUAGGCCUCCCUCGCGUCUCAAGUUUACUGAGAUGCGGCAAAUUGCAGCUGUUCUCUUCCAGGAGUCGGCAUUUCCUUCAAGGUGCUUGGUGCCAUCAGCAUUAUCCCAACCUAUAUGCAAAUCCUUGGCUUCUAAUAGAGCAUUAUUUUAUGAGGAGGAGUUAUGCCAGGCGGUUGCUCAGAAUAAACUCCGUUGAUCUUUAUGGUCGUAUAAUAUUUAUCUGCUAUUGGUAUGUAUAUAGUAUGAUAUCUACCUCUUUGCCUUUAGUUGUUUCAAUUGGAGAGUGCAGUUUUGUAGUCUUGCUGGAGCACUUGUUCUGAGCUAUGAAGUUUAAGGAUGGCAAAGAUAUAUUAAUGAUUGAGUGAAUAAAAACUUCAGACAGGGUCUCUUGUAUAGUAUAUAUAUAAGUAUAUUU